CCUCUCAUUGUGUUCUCCUCCUGUUGUUUCUCCUCCCCCCCAUUGUGUUCUCCUCCCUCUGUGUUCUCCUCCUGUUGUGUUUUUCUCCCGUUGUGUUCUCCUCCCUCUGUUUUCUCCCUCCCUCUGUGUUCUCCUCCCGUUGUUUCUCCUCCCUCCCGUUGUAUUUUCCUCCCUCCCGUUGUGUUCUCCUCUGAUUGUGUUCUCCUCCCGUUGUUUCUCCUCCUGCUGUGUUUUCCUCCCUCUCUCUGUGUUCUCCUCCCUCCCGUUGUGUUUUCCUCUCAUUGUGUUCCCCUCCCGUUGUUUCCCCUCCCUCAGGCCCGCGUGGAGCGCAUGGAGCAGUUCCAGAAGGAGAAGGAGGAGCUGGAUAAAGGCUGCCGCGAGUGCAAACGGAAACUCGCCGAGUGCCAGAAGAAAAUGAAGGAGCUGGAAUUGGCCGAGCCGGAGAGCGGCAAAGGGGAGCUGGAGAAGCUCCAGGCCGAGGCUCAGCAGCUGAAAAACGAGGAGAAAAGUUGGGAGAACAAACUGGAGGAGCUGCGGAAGAAGGAGAAGAACAUGCCCUGGAACGUGGACACGCUCAGCAAGGACGGCUUCAGCAAGAGCGUUUUCAACGUGAAACCCGAGGAAAAGGAGGAGACGGAAGAGCAGAAGGAAAAGAAACACAAAACUUUUGUGGAGCGAUACGAGAAGCAGAUUAAACAUUUUGGAAUGCUGAGGCGUUGGGAUGACAGCCAGAAAUACCUCUCAGAUAACCCUCACCUGGUGUGUGAGGAGACAGCCAACUACCUGGUCAUCUGGUGCAUCGACCUGGAGGUGGAGGAGAAACACGCGCUGAUGGAGCAGGUGGCUCACCAGACCAUCGUCAUGCAGUUCAUCCUGGAGCUGGCCAAGAGCCUCAAGGUGGAUCCCAGGGCCUGCUUCCGGCAGUUUUUCACCAAAAUCAAGGUAAAAAUCCCACCUGGACACCCCAAAAUCCCUCCCAAGGCCGAGCAGAGCCCGAUUUCCACAGAUUCAACCUCAAAAUUUUUAUUGGAGUUUGUCCAGGAGGUUGUGGCAGAGGGGAGGGGAAGGGUUGGGGUGGGAUUGGGGUUUGGGGUUGCAAUUGGGGCUUCAGGGAGUGGAAAUGGGGGUGCAGGACCCCCCUGGAGGCACAACUCAGCCCCAAUUCCCCCUUUUUUACCCCCAAAUCCUCCCCUUCUCUCCAGGACGGGAGGAGACAGAGCUGGGUGA